AUGCCUGGGUCUCCACCACACCAAACUCCUGCCAUCCCGGUGAGCUCUUCCUCCCCGAGGAGAAGUAGACGAGCAGCCUGGUUCAAGCCUUCCAACAUCUUCUUCACCAUGGACGACGUGGUAAAAGUGGGUGACUUUGGCCUGGUCACAGCCAUGGACCAGGAGGAAGAUGAAGAUGGUCCAAGUGCUCUGACGCCUGACCCGCUCCUGACCCGGCACACAGGCCAGGUCGGCACCAAGCUCUACAUGAGUCCAGAGCAGCUCUCUGGAAACUCGUAUUCUCAUAAAGUGGACAUUUAUUCUCUGGGCUUGAUCCUGUUUGAGCUGCUUUACCCCUUUAGAACGCAGAUGGAGAGAGUGAUGACGCUCACAGAGGUGAGAGAGCUGCGCUUCCCCGAGGUCUUCUCUAGAAGCAACACUCUGGAGCUACACAUGGUUCGCAGCAUGCUGUCCCUGAGCCCCGGUGAGCGUCCCGAGGCAGCAGAGAUCACGGGACUGCCCCUCUUCCAGAACCUCGAGCUGCCCUGCCGGAUUGCUGUAAGACAACGUUCUCGCACGUAUAGCUCCUCUUCCAUGGGCCGUCCUUCGCGGCAGACGUCGACGAGCUGAAAAC